AUGUCGGAUGCAAUGGAGGAAGAUCAGCAGCAGAAGCCGCCGAUUGUCAUCGCAAUCCGUAACGACGCGCCGUUUCCCAUCAUCCAAGUCGCACCUCGCAACCAUCCGAAAGACUUGCACAAAGCCAGCGAGUCUUGCCAUCAGGUUGAGCUACCCAAGGCUCUCAAAUACCGCAAUGCCGCAUACUAUACAGAUGUCGCAGAUGACUUUUUAGACAAUGCCGACUUUGAGGCAUUGGCUGGUCUAGACACUGGCAGACCAGAUCCCUCGAUUGUGCUUCACAGCAAUGAGUCAGAUGUUGCAAGGUCCAUUGACGAAACCAUCAACCGAGUGAUCGCAUUGGUGCUUCUUGGGGGGCACCCAGAUGAAACACUCACGAUGAGCAGCACCACACAGAGAUACAACAAAAUCGACAUUCUUGACCCCGAGCCGUAUGAGCCCAGUUCUAUCACAUGCAUCCCCGACUGGACAGCCGCGUGUGCCUACACCCCCGAACCCGGCAAAGAACAGAUCCUCUCGAACCUCGUUUUGGAAUACAAAGACCGGGGCUUGGUCUUCACUAAGGAGUUUGAGAGCGAAAUGCAAAUGACUCACGAGCGAUUGAUUGGUGCUAUGAAGGAAUUCACGGAACGUGGCAAUCAGGUUUCAAACUCUAUCGCGACAAAUUCGGGUAACGACCAAGCCGUCGCAAGCGCCGUAACCGCGGCCCAGGCUCUUCGACAGUCAAAUCCGAAAACUCUUCACCUCCCCUUGCCGGAGCCCGCAUCCGCGAUGGCCUCACAGCCGCCGUCGGGCACCGGACUGAUGUCGGCCGACCAAGCCGACCCCGAACCAGGCUCCGGGACACCUCCGGAGCCGAACCCCACCUCAAGAGCUAAGCGACGCCGCGACGCCGAGGCACAGCCGACCCGGCCCAGCCUAACGGGAAGCCAGCUUGAUGCCACCACCGACGCCCCUACCUCGGCCGAGGGGCCCGCAGCCUCUACCGCAUCUGCUCCGAGCGGAUCUGCCACAGGGUCCGUCUUGACAGCCCUUGCAGAAGAAGCUAGACAGUACGAGGCACGGAAAGACGUCUUUCUGACCAUUGCACGGUCCGUCGACAGCGUUGUCGCCAGCUUUGACGGUUCUAGAAAGCAGAUCGCGAAAGAAGCCACUGCCUAUGUCAUUCAAACCCUCAAGAGACUGAUCAAUCACGAGACAAGCCCAAUAGCGGCCCGGAGUUGGGCGGCUGUCGUCGCACCGAUGGCGGGCAACACCACUGCGGCGACCCGGAGCGGCCAGAGCUGCCAGAGCUCUGCCCGCCCGAAGGCCACACUCCCCGCCGAGGAUCAGCCGCAGGCGCAGCCGAAGGAGGACCUCCGCAUCUUUGCCCGCGUCCCGGAAGAAAGCUUAGCGGCCGCUCGGAAGAUCGCACC